UUAUUCACUCAUUAUAUACGAAAUGUCCAUAGAUGAUACAUAAAAUUGUAAUUUUUAUCUUUUAGGGAGGGGGCACAAGUUGCGUCUGAAUUGACUGAAAAAGGGAACUAUUUUAUCUCAGCGUACUAAACCUCAAUUGAUUGAUUGACAGGUGACCUGGCUAGCGUUAAUAUCGUUGCUUUUGGAACUCGCCAUCUUGGAUUGUUCGUAAAGCAGUGCAGGCGGAGUAAGUAGUGCACUGAUCGAAGCUGUAAAUUGUUGACAGUGCUUGCGUUGGCCUUCGAAUUUCUUGCAGUGUGUAGCGAUUCCCUAGCUGUUUGAUACAGAAUUAAGGAUUGUAGGGGUUGGCGAAACCCACAAUUAUCCGGAGUGUGGGUAGCAAUUGGGAAGGAGUACUGCAAACGUGAUCACAAUGGAAGCGCAGAGGCAAAAGCCCUUUGCGGCUAGUCCAGCUGGUCAGAGUGCUUACGGGAGCCCGGCCCUGGCUGACCUGCCCAAGCAAGAUCCCAUGCAACAGACGCUAGACUGGCAGCACCACGGCUACGGCAUGGACUCUGGGAUACAGAGCGGCGUGACCACACAGGCCCCAUCUGUCAGCAGCAAGAGCCAUCAUGAUGAAGAAUCCGAGAUGAGUGCUGGCCAGGGCAUGUUUGAUUGGGACAGUAGCUAUGGACAGGCUUACACGCAGGAGCAGGUGGAUGAGAUGAAUCAACAGUUGAACCAGACGCGAUCACAGCGUGUGCGCGCCGCCAUGUUCCCCGAGACGCUGGAGGAAGGGGUCCAGAUCCCGUCCACCCAGUUUGACCCCAACCACCAGACUUCGGUGCAGCGCCUGGCUGAGCCCUCCCAGAUGCUGAAGCACGCCGUGGUGAAUCUCAUCAACUAUCAGGAUGAUGCCGAUCUGGCCACGCGCGCCAUCCCAGAGCUCACCAAGCUUCUUAGUGACGAGGACCAGGUGGUAGUCAGCCAGGCUGCCAUGAUGGUCCACCAGCUGUCCAAGAAGGAGGCCAGCCGCCACGCCAUCAUGAACUCCCCCCAGGUGGUGGCGGCCUUGGUGCGGGCCAUGUCCAAUUCCAAUGACCUGGAGACCACCCGAUGCGCCGUGGGAACAUUGCACAAUCUGUCCCACCACCGCGCCGGCCUGCAGUCCAUCUUCAAGAGCGGCGGGAUCCCGGCCCUGGUUAAGCUUCUCAGCUCAACUGUUGAGUCGGUCCUCUUCUAUGCCAUCACCACCUUGCACAAUCUCCUGCUCCACCAGGAAGGGUCCAAGAUGGCAGUGCGCCUGGCAGGAGGCCUGCAGAAGAUGGUCAUGCUCCUGGCCCGCAACAACGUCAAGUUCCUGGCUAUCUGCACAGACUGCUUGCAGAUUCUGGCCUUUGGCAACCAGGAGAGCAAGCUCAUCAUCCUUGCCAGUGGAGGCCCAGCCCAGUUGGUCCGCAUCAUGCGUACCUACACCUACGAGAAGCUGCUGUGGACAACAAGCCGUGUCCUGAAAGUGCUGUCUGUCUGUCCCAGCAACAAGCCAGCCAUCGUCGAAGCUGGUGGUAUGCAGGCUUUGGGCAUGCAGCUUGGGCACCAGAGCAACAGACUGGUACAGAAUUGCCUGUGGACCCUGCGUAAUCUGUCGGAUGCUGCCGUCAGAAUGGACGAUAUGGAAGGCCUCCUGCAGAUGCUGGUGCAGCUGCUGGCCUCCACGGACAUCAGCGUGGUGACCUGCGCCUGCGGCAUCCUGUCCAACCUGACCUGCAACAACGCCCGGAACAAGAUCACGGUGUGCCAGGUUGGCGGCAUCGAGGCCCUGGUGCGUGUGGUCAUCCAGGCCGGGGACAGGGAGGAGAUCACUGAACCGGGGGUGUGUGCCCUACGUCACCUGACCAGCCGUCAUCCAGAAGCUGAGAUGGCCCAGAAUUCGGUCCGCCUCCACUAUGGCAUUCCUGCUGCCGCUAAGCUCCUGCAGGCCCCAUCACACUGGCCUCUCAUCAAAGCCACUGUCGGACUGGUGCGUAACUUGGCCCUGUGCCCAGCCAACCAUGCACCACUUCGUGAACACGGCGUCAUCCCACGGCUCGUCCAACUUCUCAUGAGGGCUAACCAGGACUCACAGAGGAGACAGUCUGGCGGGGCCAAUGGACAGAGUUUUACCGACGGCGUGCGCAUGGAAGAGAUCAUUGAAGGGACCGUCGGCGCCCUGCACAUACUGGCCAGAGACAUGCAUAACAGGAUGCUGAUCCGAAACCUCAGCACCGUGCCCCUCUUUGUCCAGCUCCUGUACUCCAACGUGGAGAACAUCCAGCGCGUGACUGCCGGCGUGCUGUGCGAGCUGGCCCAGGACAAGGAGGGGGCGGAGAUUAUUGAACAGGAAGGGGCCACCGCUCCGCUGACAGAGCUGCUUCACUCCCGAAAUGAGGGAGUUGCCACGUAUGCUGCAGCCGUGCUGUACCGUAUGUCUGAAGACAAACCGCAGGAUUACAAGAAGCGUAUAUCGGUGGAGUUGUCCAACUCCCUCUUCAGGGGAGAAACUGCACCUUGGGGCGAGCCCAUGGACAUGCCCGAUCCGUCCGUAAUGCAGCAAGACUUCUCCCAUCACACCAGCGCCAGCAGCCUGCACAGCGACUACAGACACCAGCAGCCCCCGCAGCAACAGCAGCAAGGUGGAGCCAUGCACAUGCAAGGUAACUACAACGAGCCAAUGUCGCUGGAGCCCAUGAUGCAAGAGUUGGAUCUGGGGUCCCACACGGACUACGGCAUGGACCCCACAUUGGCCAACCUGGGUCCACCCUCGGGGGACCUAAAUCUGGACACACUCCCCCCUACAGACAGCAGUGGACUGGCCUUCUUUGACACAGACCUGUGAGCCAGAUGAGGGUGUUCAUUGAAAAAGUCAGGGGGGGGGUCACCAGAGCCUACAUCUGUAUCACAGCUCUGUUGAACAAUUUAAUCUCGCUGUUAAGAAUGAAGUGACUGAAAAUGCCGGAAUUGACAGCUCAUAACUGUGCAUUUGUUUCCACCACUGUAAUCGCACAGUUUGGCCCUUUAUUUUGGGAGGAGGGGAGCAAAGGGGUGCCAGAUGGUUCAAUGCUUAGACUUGAAAAUGACUACUGAUCAGCUGGCAGACUUUGUCUUCAUUGUUUUACCCAGGGGAACCUUCAUGUAGGAUUUCAGUACUAGAAUCAUUGUAAUUGAAAACCAUUGUUUACAGUACAUUGUGAGUUAAAUUCCAAUGAAGUCGUGCUUUCUUGUGGUCUUGUUUCUUCCCCCAAAAUGUGCAUUUUCAGUGCUACUUAAAAACUGUAUAUUGCUUCCAAUAGUUGGUAUUUAAAUGGUAUGAUAUUUUCUUGUGCAUGAAUAAUCCUCAUGAAGAAAUCUGCGCAUUUUUGAAAUUGCCUCUUUUAUCUUUACUUUUGGGCCUUUGGAAAACAUUGAAAAGACCCAAAGAGUUCUCAAGAUUGGCAGGCAACAGAACAGUAAUCAUCUUUUGUUAGUGAACCAAUCAGGGCCAAGUGUGAUAGUCACAUGUUGGAAAUCAGCCAAUUGCUGCAAGGAUAGUUAGGUCUACAAAGGCUUUGAGUUGUACUAUACUAAAAAACCUUUUUGCAUCACAUUGUGCUGGAAACAACUGCACUAGUGCUGCCUCAAAAAGUUUUGUUGUGAAUGCAGCAUACUAAAGAAAAGAUUUCGUGCAGAGAACAUAAUGCCAAAGCAGAGUGCACAAAGAGUUCAGUUACGUAAUUUUUAUAUGCACGAACCAAGUACUACUUCUUUCAGACAGUUCCUGGAGCACAGAGUGCAGCAGAGAUACAAAGAAACAUGACUCCGCCACAGAAUAUCUGUACAGUAGGGGAUUAGACAAAUUAACACACCCAGGGAGAUUUCCUCACGGUGGGAUUGUCAGAGUGGCGGUUUGGAUUGUUGGAAAAAGCAGAAGACGCUCCUGCAGUGAAAUACCUGGCGGAAAUACAUAUUAAAAAGACUUUCGGCUUCAAGUAAAGUACUAGUUGUGGUGUCAAACAAGUCAGGUCAGUUUCUGGACAGGUUAGGCACUUUAAGGAGAUUCUGUACAGGCACGCAGUACUAUUGAAAAAAAUGGAAUAAGUCUGCUGGAGGAACACAGUGGAGGACAAGAAGGCCAUUAUAAAUUUGGUGAAGUUUAAAAUAUGGCAGAAAACUGGGAAAAAAAGUCAACUUUGAAGAUGCUGUUUUGUAACCACAUACAGCGUGUUGGGCACCCUUGUUGCUGUUGUGGAGCAGUUGUGAAAUGAAUAUAGAAUUAGUGUUUGGAAUACAGCUGUGAAAAACUUAGUUGCGGAGCAAAGGUUUUCAGCUUGUAAAUAUGUCGCAUAUUUCUUCCCCAUUUUUAAAACCCCAAACACGGCAAUGAAAUCAUUAACCAAAUUCUUUGAGGUGUUAGUUUAAAGGGAUUAAUGCUUUUUAAUUAAAUGUCAUUUCUUUUUUAAUCUUCAGAUCUUGUGUACUAAUCUCAACUAAUGUAGGGGUUAACAGGUGCAAGUACCUCUUUGAUGAUCUAAAUGUUAUGUUUGUGUGUUUUUUUUAAGAAUAGUGUACAAGUACUCUCUGAUCAGAGGCUAGCUUCCAAAUUGUAAAGAUAGAACUGAAUGAUUAUUGUAUUUGUUUUCUGAAGCCACUGUGAGUGCAACGCGUUGAAUCACAGCGGCUCCAAGUGUUACGAAGAAGACGGCCACAGGAAAUUGUCUAAACACCUGUUGGUCUGGCCUUGCUCUUACAGCACUUGAAUGUGUUGCAGGACGCAAAAGCUAUGCCAAGCACUGGAUGUGUUACUGUCAAGUUUUGGUGAUGGUGGGUCCACGUGUCCUGUGGUGUUUAGUCUAAAUUUCACUGUGUAUGUAACAUUGGACUGUUAAACAUUGCAUGCAACUCCAACUCUCUCAUACAGUAGGGGAGGUUUUUUAAAAAGGACGGCUUUUCAGGACUAAAAUUUCCUACAAGCACCAUUUUUUUUACUCGACAUGUUUUAUCGCCCUUUACUCACAGCUAAUUCAUUCAUACAGUACUUAAAAGAGAGGAAAGGGUUAUACCGGAUUGCUUUAUUUUCAGUUUAUACAAACUUUUUUGUAAAAAGCUGUACAAACUUGCUGCUCGGUACGAUACUUUUUUUUAUAGCUAAAAGUUGGAUCUCCUUUUGCAUUUCCUAGCAGUUUGAAAGAGCUGUCUCCAUGUACAUGUUACCGUUCAUCUGCAAAGUGCUGUUUUGGAUAGCGAUGUCAACUUGAACCAAAUGUUGUCAAAGUAAUAGUUGUUCCGCUAGAAAUUCACUGAUCAGCAUUGGUGUAUUUCUUGUCUUGGCCAUCCCCAGCAGAGUGAAAUGAGUCACACAUUGUGCUCACUUUUAUUGUUAGGCUUUGAAUGCAGAAGAAGAGGGGAAAAAAAACAAGUCAAAAGUAUCUAGCACAAUGCUACGGCUGGCUCUUUCCCACCGUAAUCUCGGUUUUUAAUUUUUUUUUUUUUCAUUGGUGUGUCAUAACUUCCAUCUCUGUAGUGUGUCGUUGAAGUUGUUGUAUUUUGCUGUCUGAUUUGUAGCUUUUUUUUUACUUUUAAUGAAUAUAGAUAUGCAGUUUUUCCUUUUGCUGUAGAUGAGUUGACUAUAUGAAAGGAUUUAACUCCAGUGUAAAGAACAGCAAGUGUAUAUCAUGACAGCAUUUUUUUUUAAUAUUGCGCAUUAACGAUGUUGACGAAGCAUCUGAUUGUUUUAGUUCUUUUUAGUCAGUGCUUGUAUGCAUUGUUAUCAAAGCUGAAGUAUUCCGUUUUAACUUGUAAAACAUUUUUUAAGUGAUUCAUUUUUAAUAUUCAAAUUUUCUGUCUCAGCCACUCAUUACAUGAGGUGAAUUUUACCUGUGUGAUUUUGGUCGUCGCAGGAGCGACACCUUUCCGAAUACUUGUACAUGUAGCUUGCAUUUUACUCCCUUUUGGAACGAGUCACAGCCAUAACAUCGUCAGACAUGGUCGGGACUGGUAUUGAGCGAUGCUGGUAAUCGGACUUCUCAGCUCUUUGGGGCUAGAGCUGUAGAAGGCACCUUUUGUAUAGAGGAUGACGAUGCACUUUUGGGGUUUUCCAUUUACUUACCCUGCAGAAAUUCUGAUGCUCAUGAUGUACACAUUGUGUUUGAAAGGGGGGGUAGCUUAAAGUGAUACAUGUCUGAAUGGCUCACAGUGAAAUUGUGACAGCAAAAGUGUCCUGUUCAUAAAUGUCAGUUCAGGUUUUUUGGGUCUUCCUUUUCUGCUGCAGUGGUACUAGAAAGUUUUUAAAAAGUGCAUUUUUAACAGUGUUCAGACAGGCUUUAAGUGAUUUUUCUCCCAACAAUCCUUCUAUAUGACCUGCAAGUUGAUACUUAUGCAGCUGUCAUUAAAAAACAGAUUUUUGCGUGGGUACUUACGAUUUUUUUUUCUUUUUCCUUAACUUUCAGCUUUUCUGCAGUUCUGACCAUGUCUGUAAUUGUGGUGCAUUUGUUUUUAAACCCAACCGUCCCAAAUCUGCAAACCGUUUGCUGUUGAAUAGUGGAUCAACAAUUUUCCUUCCUUUAAACCUCCCAGUACUCUCAAUCUUAGUGCAUAGCCAUGCAGCCUAAGAUGAUUCUUUGGAAGUCGUAAAACAGUUUCGAUAUUGCAGGUUUGGGACAAAAAAGUGACAUUUCCCACCAGUCAUUUCGUAAGUUUAACGUCUUUUUAAGUUAUUGAAAAACAUUCAUCACGGUGUGUACAUGUCAUCCCAUUUAGUGUUUUCUUUUUUUUAAAAAAGCUGCAAGUUACCUUUAGAUGCGUAUUUUGGUGUUUGAGAUUUUGAAGCCCCGUAUUUACAGUAUGUAGAAAUAAAAAUGCAACAGCAUGCCCUGUA